UCAGCGGCAGUUGGAAAAGGGAACAAACGGAAUGGCCGCCGCGGCUCCUGCUCCGGGCGCCUCGCAGUGCCGGAGCCCCCGCUGCACGGCGGAGCGCCGGGGCGUCCGCCGCGAGCUCGACUCUUGGCGGCACCGGCUUAUGCACUGUGUGGGCUUUGAAAGUAUUUUAGAAGGGCUUUAUGGACCAAGGCUACGAAGAGACCUCAGUUUAUUUGAAGACUGUGAACCAGAAGAAGUGACUGACUGGUCUAUGGAUGAAAAAUGUUCCUUUUGUAAUUUGCAUAAAGAAAUAGUCAGCGAUCCUACAGUGGUUCUUGGUUCUUUGCAGUCAGCGCCUACAGAGGAGGCGUAUCAGGGCCAGUCCAACACUGAUAAAAUUGAGUGCCAAGCAGAGAAUUACCUAAAUGCACUCUUUCGUAAGGAAGAUCUUCCUCAGAACUGUGAUCCUAACAUUCCUCUAGUUGCUCAGGAAUUAAUGAAAAAGAUGAUCCGUCAAUUUGCAAUUGAAUAUAUUUCAAAAAAUAGUAAACUGCAAGAAAAUCGAAAUGGUUCGUCAUAUGAAAUGAGUCUGAUAUGUAAAGAUUUCCAAAUGAACCAAACUGAAAAUCCACUUCAGGAAGAACAAGAUAGCCCUCUAGACCUCACUGUGAAUCGAACACAGGAUACUCAGCAAGGGGAUGGAGUGCUAGAUCUCUCUACGAAGAAAACAAACUUGGAACAGUCACAGUAUGAUGGGUCAUGUUCUGAAAAUUCAUUGUCUGGUUCAAGUACAGCUGCUGGUGCAAAACUAGAGGAAACAACUAAAUUGGAAAGAGGAAACUCUACUCUAAACAAGGUGUUGGCUUCCUUAUGUUCAUAUCAUUGGCAUCAGACUUUAGCCAUGUUGAAAUUUUUCAUCCAAGAAUCAUGUUAUUCAGGUUACAGUAGUCAACUGCCUUACCUUAAAUAUUCUGAGAGAGAGGAAGAUGAGGUUCAUAUUCCAGGCUUCAGUUGUGAUGACAACAUACUGAUGAAAAGGUGCCGUUCACAAAAUGUAAGACCAAAUAAGGAUUGUUUAACAUGCCACUCAAUGGCCCCAGACUUUGUUAACACAGUGAUGAACAAAGAAAAUUCUUUGCUUUGCCAUCCUCAUGGGUGUUGUCCCAAACAGCUACAACUGUGUAAGAUCUAUUCUACCUGGGCAGAUUUGUACACAUACCUCUUUUCAAGAGGGCAAAAAAUUAAUAGAGGUAGCCAAGACCGCAGCCCUUCACCACCUCCAUUGUCUCCUGUGGAAGCUGAUGGAUACAAUUCUCUGAAGGAAUUGGCUGAAGAUAACAGGCCUGAAAAAAACUGUAACCAGCCUCCUUCAUUGUUUCCCGCUGAACUUGAGAAAGAUCAAACAUAUCUUGCAGAAGUACCCAAUAACCUGCAGGAAGGCAUUGUAAGUGUGAAUCAAGAAAAUAGCCUUACAAUUUCUGAUAAGCUUGAAAAGGUUGAAAAUGCUGAUGUGUUUCAGGAUUUAAUGGAUCGAAUCAAUGAGAAGUUGAAAUCAAUAGAAACUACUGAUACAGAAGUAUUGGCAAAAUUACCUAAAAGUGAUGGGAGAACAGAAGCCGAUUCUAAAUUGCGGAACUUCAUUACAUCUCUCUUACAUGAUGCUAAGGCCAAUGAUUAUAAUUUUACAGAAUUACUGAAUCAACAAGAUAAACAAGUAGAAAAUAAAAUUAUCCAAACAAGAUUUCGUAAACGACAAGAAACUUUGUUUGCAAUGCAUAGUUCUCCCAAUUCAUGUCUAUUUAGACGAAAAUCUUUGCAAAUCAAAAGAGAGUUGGCUAGCCUUGAUGAAACUUUCUUAAGGAAGAAGGCAAGUUCACAGAGAAAAGUUAAAAAAUAUACAAAAAAUGACAAAUACAAUACAUUAAAACAGCUUGAUUUACAAGGCUAUGAAAAUAAAGAUGGGACGUAUUCUUCUAAGUCAAAGCUUUUGCCACUAGGUCAAGAAGAAACUAUAGAACUACCUCUCAUCAGCUCAGAAACCAAUUCUGAUUUUGUAACAUUUGCAGGAAACAGCUCUACAACCUCUCAAACAGUCUUGGCUAAAACACAAUGUGGAAUUGAAUUACAUGUGGAUUCAACUGGUGUGAAAGGAGAUUAUGAUAGAGGCCUGAAAAGAACCAGACAUAAUAUUUUCUCUCCUAGAUGGUGCUCUUUGUAUGUAGCAAACAAUUUUUUAUUAAGGAAAAACAUAAAAUCAAAAUCUGCUGCUAACAUAAAAGGGGAUAAAAUUCUCAAAGAUUUUCAAGCUAAGUCAUGUAGCAAUGAAAAUAUAAAUAAGAUUAUGCAGAAAACCAAUCUACAUGUUGUUGUAAAGCGUUUGGAAGAUACAAUCAAUAUGGCUCCAAAGGCCCCACAGCCCAUUUGUAAUAGUUAUAAAAUAGUGGGGGAAAUGAAAGACCUUCAAAAUUCUGAUGCCAACAGUAAAUUUAAAAGUGGCCUUAUUAGCACGAGUGAAACUGGAAGUAAGGGACAAUAUGUAUUAUCACAGAGUUAUUUACCAGGUAGAAAUAGCAACAAAAAUGAUUUUAAGCUGACAGUGCCCAAAAAAGAAAAUGUAUCUUGUGAAGAAGAAUAUGAAAGACUUUUGAAACCCUCAAUUUUAGAUUCAAACAUUUUGACUUUAAAUAAGGAGGAAUCCCAAGGAAAUUCUAAUUUGGGGAAUAAUUCAUCAACAUUGAAUUACACUAGCCCUAUAAAACUUAUGUUCCUUUCCAAGAUAAAUAGCAGUGAAGGAGUCAAGUACACACUAACCUCUGUAAAUGAUUCAUCCAAAUUAAACAUAGAUCUCUGUUCUCUUCAGGAGAAAACAAAUAAGCUGUUGGGAAAACAGUUGGAGGCAAAGGAUUCUGAUGAAAAAGCAUCUAUUGAUAAAUGCAGUUAUAAUGAAAAUACAGAUAAAAAUAAAAUGAGAACUGGUUUUCCUACAACAGUUGCCACUGUAACCAAUCCUAAGUCUAAGGAACAACCUGUGGAACAAGGCAACACUGGAUCCUCCCUGAAAAGAAAACCUGGGAGACCCAAAAAAAUUGGUCCUCAGGUUGUAAAACAAAUUAAGCGUCCAAUUGGACGACCUCCCAAACCAAAAGCUGAUGUGAGUAAUAAUGGUAGUCAUAGGAAGGACUCCAUUGGUGUUGCAAAAAAUGCCAACUCUAACAUGGAAUGCCGAGAGGAAGAGAACAUUUACAAAAAUAUUACAGUGACUAUUGUUUUUGGAAGGUCUCGAAGGAUUAAGAGAUGUGUUUCAGAAGGUAACCUAAGUAUAGUUAAAACUGCACCAGAACCUCGCAGCUACUGCAGUGUUGUAUGUGACCCUGAUCAAAUAACACUGAGCUCAGAUGCCAGGAACAACUUGCCAAAAACUAAAAUUAUGCAAUAUUCUACAACAGAAAAGACCUCUAGAUGUGGCUAUGAGGAUGUUAGACCCCUAGAAAGUAGCCCUGUGCUACCAUCCCAUUGCAGCAAUAUCAGACCAAACCAAAAGCCUUUAAAUAUAAUUAGAAAACCUGGUAGGCCAGCAAAAGUAAAAAUAUCUGGCAUAUCAGUGACUGUUAAUCAGAUUUCAUCUCAGGAAAGAAAAGUGUGUAUCAACAGUUGCCUGCCUCCCUUAGAGCAAGAAGCUGUGUCCGAAAGAAACGAACCAUCUAAGAAAGAUGCUAAGCAAUGCAAUAAAAGAGAUGAUUUUAAAAGCCUUUGCAAUGAUGAAGCAGGGAAUUUUUCACCCAAGAUUAUCAUUGCUUCAAAAAGGUCUGAAACUCAUUUGAGACACUCUCUUAGAAGACCAUCAUUGCCUUUUGUACAUUCAUUAGCAUCUUCUAGCUCAUUUUCUUGUAAACGUGCCUUUUUGCAUAAACCGUGUAAACUCAGCCUGAAAAAUGGUAAAGAUCACAAAGUAAAGCAUUCAAAAAUGCCACCCAAACAUAUCUCAGUAAGUACAAGGGCAGACAAUGCAAAAAGUAGUUCUGAGAAUAGUAAAUCUAGAUCGAUUGGUGAAAUGACUUUGGACCCCAUAAUUUCAUCCAAUUCCCUUAGAUGGUGGGAUCCUUCUAUUUCUAAUGAUUCUUUGUUAAAAGAACUAAACUGUAGAUAUGACCAGAUAACUAAGACUUGGUUGCAUGUGAAUGGAGAAGAAUAUGAGAAAUGGCCAUAUAAUGGAACAUGUCAUUUUGAACAAGAUAGUAGCAUUGAAGUAUCAAAUCCUUUGGACUCCUGCAUUUUAGAAUUGGAAAAUUCACCUAUAAGGAUGCUUUUCCAGAAAAAAUGCAGUAUAGAUGACCUAUGUGCAUGGUUUAUGCAAACAACCGAAACACAAUCACUAUCACUAGUCAGAAAAGCAAAUGCUCGUAAUCCUUUUGAAGUAAUUAGUACAAGGCAAUUCAAAAUGGGAACAAGACAAUAUGAUUGUAAUACUAGUCCUUUGAGAAAGCACUUUAAAAAAUUUGCACUGUCGACACCUUCAAAAUCAACAGGAAAGUUGCAGCUUCUACAUAAAAUUGUCAGAUCUCAAGUCUUAAGUAAGGAGCAUAGCUUCACCUUAGCUAAAUUGAGAACUAAAUUUGAGAACUUGCAACGUGAUCGAUGGCGACAAGUGAAAAAACUGUAUAAUCAUAGAACAUCUGAUUGGAAAUCAAAAAAGAAAAACUUGCGAUUCUUUUGCCAAAGUCAGUGUUUGACUAAUGCAAGUAGGAAACUUAACAAAAUAUGUACAAGCCUUGAGAAUGACCCAGUAAAAACUCAACCAACAACUUUGUUGGAAUCUUACAGAAUCACUUCAGCAACUGGAAAUGAAAUCAGAGAUGCAUUUAUUCAACAAGAUGCACAAUUGUCUAACCUCAACACAAAGUGUGACUCGGUCUCAAACUGUAGGCCAAGUAGUAAAUCCAUGUACAACAAUCAGCAAAGUAUUGAACAAGCACAUACCCCUAAUGAAUGUAAUGAAAGUGCAUGGAGAGGGCAAACUUUUAAGGAUUGUCGAAUAUUUUUGAAGAAAAUUAAUCCGGUGGAUAAACAGCAUGUGUUUAAUAAGAACUUUGCCAUCUGUACUUCAGAAUCUAUGGAACAUUGCAGCAGCCACAUCUACUGCCCAGAAAAAAACUGUUGUUCUUUGAGGUCCCCCUCUGCUCAGCAGAGCAUGGCUGAUAAUGUUGAAUGGAACAGAGGGGCUUCUAACAGAAGCAGGCAUUCCAGCUUGCUCACUGAAGUCAAGAAGUCAAACAAACGUGUUGCUUUUCAGGAUGGCCCAAUGGAGACUCCUAAAAAAAUGAAGAAGCGGAAGAAGACACAAUGCAAGUUCACUGAGAUGAACAGAAGAAAAAGGAAUAAGAAGCGGUUAUGUAGUACUGGCCAAAUAUCAAACUGUUACCCAAAAUACCACCUGGGUCCUCUUAAACCUGUUGGGCUGCCUUUGCUGGGUGGACUUGCUAGCAGAGCUGUUGAAUUCUCCAUGAUCCCAUUCCAAUUGCCUCUCCAUGGAAGCUCUCAAGUAAAUCCCAUGAAUUGUUAAAAUGAAUUCAUCUGUCAUCAUCCCAGAGAAGCAUGCAGUACUGUGAAUGAUUGUCAAACUGAGCAAGUCAUUGCUGUACUAACUAAACAAAACUGCUUUGAAGAGCUAAACACUCAAACUCUUUUCUGAAGACUGCAUUUAAUUGAAAUUGUUGAAAAAUGGGCUAAGAGUUAUUUCUGUUGAUGCACAAAUUAGUGACAAGCUUGCAUAUAGGAUGGUGUCCGUGUUGUGAAGGAUCUAAGGACUAGUUGGGACAUGCCUAUCAAAAUAUCUCAAGAAUGCUAACCAUUCCAAUCAUAUGGUUGCAUAUUGGCUUCCAAAUGUUAUCCCCACCCCCAGUGAGUAAUAGUACAAUGGAACUUCUUUUCUCUUUAUUUGUGACAAGUUGCAUGCAUGUUAAAGAUAACCAUCUUAAGAUUCAACAAAGAAGACUAAAAGGGAAUCCACCUUGCAGAAUAUAUCAGAGCAAAUUCAGAAACCUUGGCAUUGCCUUAUUUUUCGAUUAUGUGUUAAAAAUGGCCUUUUAAUUUGCAGAGUGUCCUAAAAACUGUCCCUCUGGUGGACAGCACAAAUGAUAAUUUGUCCUUGAGGCCCUGUAUUUUAUCUGAAAUAGGCUUACAGGAAUAAUGAGUUACCAGAGCAAGACAGGCAUUAGAGUUCUGGAAAAAAAGAAGAGAAAACUAAUAUAAGACCUAGAGUCUAGAGAAACGUUUAGCACAGUUAUGGAUGAGGUUUCUCCAGCCUAAAGUUCAAGCCAAGAGAUUCAGUGAGUUCAAAUGAACAUUAUGAUAACUUUCUCUUGGUAUGUUGCAGCCUGUUUCUGCAGCAGGCAGUGGCAGCCUGUUUCUAUUUCCAGAUUUCUCUUGUUACGUAAGAGUUAUACAAAGUAUAAGAUACAAUCAGAAGGCACUAGAUGUUUUUUAAAUUAUUUUGUCCUAGGUGUACGGAUGCUGAUGUGUACCACUUGAAACUUGUAGGGUUUAUGAAUGAUAUUUCUAGUAAGAAAUUUGCCUCUACAUCCAAUUCCUAGUCAUAUUUUGUACUUUCUCUUGGUUAAAUGGUACCCUUUGGUGGGUUGCACAAAUCUCAAAAGAACUUAGCUUUGGAAAAUAUGGUUUAGGCACAAGGGAAGAAGGAAUGUCACCACUGAGGAGGAUGAAAGCUCUCUCUGUGGAGGAUGAAAGUCUUCUCUCCAGAGACAGGCCUGCCAGACAGUCAUCAGAUGGCCAGUCAAUUAUAGAAAACUUCAUUGGUGGUGUACUUUGCAGAGGUCUUACUUUUCUUUCCUGAGAUAUCUGCACAGACACAUCAGAAAGACUAGAGCAAUGCACAUACAUAUUUCUUGGAUAGUGUUUCUUUAGUAUUGGAGUAAGGCAAUCUACUUUUUGUUAACUUUGCUUAAGAAACUGACUUUUUAUGUUCAUGGCCAAUUUUACAGUAUGUAACCAUAGGAGGCAAAUUAUUUUAUGUUUAUAAAUUCAUUUUCAAAGAACAUUUUAAAUGCCAGACUUUUAAGACUUUGCAUAGAUUCAAUGUAAGGGGACCAGAUGGAUUGUAUAGAUUUACAUUUGGCAAAAAUAUAACUUCAGGGCAAGCAAUCUUAUUGCACUUGUUUCUACAAUAUGUAAUCCAUGAGUGAUACAAAAUAUUUGUACCAUAAGAUAAAAAUAUGCCAAUAUCAGCCCUUCAAGGUAAACCAGACUAGGAAACCAGAGUUAUGAAUACUAAAUACUAUUUUUGUUAGAAGGUUGCAGUAACAUAUUUUCAGUCUGAAUGGACUUUCCCUCUCCAUCUAUCUUUUAGAGUAGAGUAGAGUAGAGUAGUAGAGAGGUUUUGUCUAAGACCAAAUUGGGUAUUUCUGUAUACCUAGUUUAAUUGGAUAUAUCUAGUUUAAUGAAAUUGGAUAUGUCUAGUUUAAUAACAAGAAGGACUGGGGUAAUACGAUAGCAGUGUUCCAAUAUCUAAGAGGCUCCCACAAAGAAGAGGAGCCAACCUAUUCCCCAAAGCACCUGAAGGCAGGACAAGAAGCAUUGCAUGGAAACUAAACGAGAAGAGAAGCAACCUAGAACUAAGGAGAAAUUUCCUGACAGAACAAUUAACUAGUGGCAUGACUUGCCUCCAGAAACUGUGGAUGUUCCAACACUGGAAGUUUUUAAGAAGAGAUUGGACAAUCAUUUGUUUGAAAUAGUAUAGGGUUUCCUGUUUGAGCAGGGGGUUGGACUAGAAGACCUCCAAGGUCCCUUCCAACAUUGUUGUUUUGUUAUUCAAAUUACAUUUGUACUUUAGACUCAGAUUUCUUUUAUCUGACCAUUGCCUUGAUUGUGGCUCAUCUUCUUGGUCCUCAAGGUUAUUCCUACUAUGCAUUCCAGUGAAAAAAGACAAUUAUGUUAUCUGUCUAAACUAGCAAUUCCUUGGUAGGGUUGCACUUGAGUAUAUCAGAAAAGUUCAACUCUUCCCUGCCAGGCCAAAAUUGGCAAGAGGAGGAUAAUUUAUGCUGGAUGGGGAAUUCUGGGAGUUGAAGUCCACACAUCUUCAAGUUGCAAAGGUUGAGGAACACUGCUCUGUUUUAGCAGUGCAUCUUUUUAGGCAAGAGGAGAUUCGGUUUAGUUUGCAUGAUGCAGAAAUAGACUUUGAAAGACACUGAGUGAUUCUAAGGAUAUAUUUGUUCAUUUUGUUUUGAACUACUCGGCUCAAGGCAUUACAAGUUGUCCUCGACUGAUGACCACAAUUGAGCCCAAAAUUUCUAUUGCUAAGCAAGACAGUUGUUAAGUGAGUUUCCUCCAUUUUACAACCUUUCUUGCUCGUUAAGUGAAAUACUGCAGUUGUUAAGUUAGUAAGUGAAUUUGGCUUCCCUAUUGACUUUGCUUCUUUUUUUUGUAAACAAGUUUUAUUAAAAAAUUUCUUUCAUCAUACAUAUUUUAUGAACAGAGUGUUGACCUGGUCACAUCAUAUACAUUUUUUGUAUAUUACUCUUUUUAAUCUAUUCCAAUCUUCCAAUUUUUUCCAUAUUCAUCUCUUUCAUAUAGUUCUUUAUCACAAAUUAAUCAUUUUUCACCAUAUCUUGUUAUUUCAACUUCUACCAUAUUGUUCUUUUUUUUUCAAGUCCAUUUUACAUAUUUCCAACUUCAGCCAUAUUCUUUUUCCAUAUUUCUUUGUCUUAUCUUAAUUUCUCUUAAUACAUAAACACUAUCUGCCCUUAGUUCCUAAUCUCUUACAAUAACAUCAAUUAAUUAUCUUAUUUCUCCAUUACAGAAUAUAUUUCUCAAAAUCCCCAUCCCACUUUUUAACAUUUCAACUUUAUCCCUUAAAAUUAAAUUAAAUUAAAAUUAAAAUUGUCUUCAAAAUUAAACCAAAUUACCAUUUCACAAUUCAUCUGCUAUUCUGUUUUAUUAUAAACAAUAUACAUCAUCAUAUUCAAAUCUUACAUUAAAACCCUUUAAUUUAAUUGACCAUCCACAAUUAAUAAUAUAGUUCCCUUAAAUCUACUAAUAUUUAUCUUAUUUCCCUUCCUCCUUUCCACUGAUUUUCCCUUCUUUAACCAUUUUCUCUUGGUCUCUCCAAAAUUCCACUUCUUAAUAAUUUUCUCCCCCUUCCCAACUCUCUUAACUUUUUAUUUUUGUUUUUAUAUUUAUUAUAUUUUUUCUUCUGACUCCUUUUUCUCACUUUUAGAUAUAUUAUUCGAAUAGUUCUCCCCAAGUUUUCUCCUAAUCUCUUUCUACUCUUUCCCUCUUUACCAUCUGAUUGAAUCUUUUUGGGAGGCUGUUCCCCCCAUCCACUCUUUUUUUGCCACUGUAAAUCCCAGUGAAAUCAUCUAACUGCUUUUUGCAUUCAAUGAAUUUGUCAUUGUCCUGUUGCAUCACCCAUCCUCUGCGGAGCUUCAGUUGGCGGACAGAUGGUCAUACGUUUUCCUGCAAAAUGUCUUGAUAAACUCUGGAAUUCAUUUUCGCAUCAAUGACAACAAUCUGUACAGAUUUUCCCAUCAAUGACAACAAUCUGUACAGGCCCUGAGGCAGCAAAGCAGCCCCAAACCAUGAUGCUCCCUCCGCCAUGUUUUACAGUGGGGAUGAGGUUUUGAUGUUGGGGUGCUGUGCCUUUUUUUCUCCAUACAUAGUGUUGUGUGUUCUUCCCAAACAACUCAAUUUUGGUUUCAUCUGUCCACAGUAUAUUUUGCCAGUAGUGCUGUGGAACAUCCAGGUGCUCUUUUGCAAACUUCAAACGUGCUGCAAUAUUAUUUUUGGACAGCAAUGGCUUCCUCCGUGGUGUCCUCCCAUGUACUCCAUUCUUGUUUAAUGUUUUCCUUAUUGUAGAUGUGUCAACAAAAAUGUUAGCAUGUGCCAGAGAUUUCUGUAGGUCUUUAGCUGACACUCUAGGAUUCUUCUUUAUCUCAUGCAGCAUUUUGCGCUGUGCUCUUGCAGUCAUUUUUACAGGACGACCAUGCCUAGGGAGAAUAGCAACAGUGUUAAACUUUCUCCAUUUGUAGACAGUCUGUCUUACUGUGGACACAUGAUCAUCAAGGCUUUUGGAGAUACUUUUGUAACCCUUUCCAGCUUCAUGCAAGUCAACAAUUCUUGAUCAUAGGUCUUCUGAGAGCUCUUUUCUGCGAGGCAUCAGACAGUGCUUCUUGAAACCAGUAAACCCACAACAGGUGUGUGUUUUUAAAGGGCAGGACAGCUGUCAGCAACACAUCCAAUAUCAUCACACUGAUUGGAGUCAGGUUUGGCUCACUCCUAGCUCCAAUUAGCUCUGGAAGAAGUCAUUAGGUUAGGGUCUCACAUACUUUUUCCUCCCUGCACUGUGAAUGUUUACAUGUUAUGUGCAAUUAAACCAUGGCAACAUCUAAUGUUUGUGUAGUAUUAAGUUCAGCAGACUGUUCUUCUAUUGUUGUGACUUAGAUGACGUUCAGAGCACAUUUUAUGACCAAUUCAUGCAAAACUCCACGUAAUCCCAAGGGAUUCAAAGCUGUCAAAAAUAUUUAAAUCCACAUAAAAAGUACUUUUCCUCGGGUUCUUUUCUUUUAUUAUUUUUAGUUUCUCCAAAUACAAUUAUAGAUACAAAAACUUUCUUGGGCUUUAGUAUUUUAGCCUCCUCUUUGUUCUUCUCCCUCCAUAGAAUUUCCCAAGGGCCAAUUAGCUGCUCAUUUCAGCUCCGGGACACCUUUUAAUCCAAUUUACCUGUGAGUUGGCCAAUCACUCAUCCGGUACCAUCACUCUGUUCAAACACCGCUCCUGCACAAAACCUUAGUCCAGUUGCCCCAGCUUCAAAGCGGUCAUUUUACAAUAGCCACCACCCCGGUCCAAAGAGCUGCCUCCAACCUUUCGAGAAAUUUGCCUGUUCCUCUUGGUCUUCCAAGACUCCUCUCCUUCUUCACCGUCCCUACAGGAUGGUUCCAGUCCAAAGACCCCUCGACAGUGGUUUGUCCGGCUGGAUUUUUGUGGAGCUCAUAGGAGCCCUCUAUUUUUCCAGCCGAUCUCGCUGCAACGCUUCUGGUUCUCUCCAUUGACUCUGCUUCUCAGAAGGUCAAAAAAAGUGAUCACACAAGCCUAAGACACUGCAAUUGUCAUAGAUAUUAAUCAGUUGUCAAGCGUCCAAAUUUUGAUCAUGUGAAUGGGGAUGCUGCAACAGAAAGAAAAACGGUCAUGUCACUUUUUUCAAUGCUGUUGUAAUUUCAAAUGGUCAUUAAAUGAACUGUUGUAAGUCAAGGACUACCUGUAUCUAUCAUAAUAUAUGUAUGUAUGUAUGUAUGUAUGUAUGUAUGUAUGUAUGUAGGUCUUUGGUUAUUCGGGUUUUCUCCCGCGUAAAAUUGGAAGUUUCUUGGCGAUGUUUCGACGAAGUCUAAUUCAUCAUCUUCAGGCUUCAGCUUCGUGCUUCUGGGAGCAAUGUGUGAUUGCAGCUGUUUCUUCCUUUUUAACUGCUAGUGGGGGUUUGAACUGAUUGGUUGGGAGCUUGGCUGUGCUGAUUGGAUGGGGUUUUUUUGGUGCUCUGAUUGGCUGGGGGUGUGUCCUGUUUGGGUGGGGGCUUGGUUGUGCUCAGAUUAAUCUGAGUUGCAGGGGGAUUUGAGCUGGUGAGUUGCAUUGCUGUUGUUUGGCUUCGUGUUUGUGGUUGUGCUACAUCUUCAUAGUGGGUGUCUGUCUGCUGUAUGUAUGGAUUGGAGGGGUUUGAAAUGGCUAAUGUUGCAGCUGCGGUCUGGCUUCUGGUCCUUGGUCGUGCUUCUUGAUCAGUGUGAGUUUGGGUCUGCUUUCUGGGUGGAUGUGGUGGUGACAUCCUGUGUGGACCUCGUGAGUGUGGGUCUGGUGUCAUUCCUCGUGUUAGGGACUCGUUUGUCAAUAAGGGCAGGUUUCCAAAUGGCUGGUAGACGGGAGGUAUCAUCUCGUUUGUUCAUGCUGUGUGGGCGUUUUUCUAUCUCGAUGGCUUCUCUGAUUAUUCUGUUGUUAAAGUGUUCAGUUUUGGCGAUAGUUCUGGUAUAUAUAUAUAUAUAUAUAUAUAUAUAUACACAGUGGGGUAAAAAAGUAUUUAGUCAGCCACCAGUUGUGCAAG